AUGGUACGCAAGCGUACUACUGCUCCUGCAUCGGAGGGCCCUAGCAAGAAGGCCCAAACGGAUCCCAGCGCUGCUUCGGAUGACGCAGCAAAUCGGCUGCUACAGAGCAACCAAUUCUUGGUGCUCGGAGUAGAAAAUGGCGGUGGUGACGCCGCUGAAAUUACGAAAAAGGAGCGGAUUCCCCCGCUGUUUACUCCGAUGAAGGACGUCACCCAGCUUAGGGAUGAGCUGGCAAAACGCAAAUUGUUCCCGCGAUUCAAAAUCUGUAGCGUUGGAACAAAGAUCAUGUGCUCCAGCCUAAAGCAGUACAAGUCGGUCGGUGACCUGCUGAAGAACAGCACAGUGGAGUUUUACACUCAUGAUUUGCCUUCGAUGAAACCAUUGAACGUUGUUCUACGAGGUCUGCCGUCGUACGAAGCGGCUACAGUAAAAUAUGAGCUGGUGAGGCUCGGAUUGAAACCAGAGGCAGUCAACCCAAUGAAUCGACGGCCUAUGCCCAAUACCAAUUAUCGUGACCAACUGUUUCUGAUCCACCUCACGAAGGGCUCCACCACCCUUGUUGCGCUCAAGAGCAACAUACGUGACCUGUUUCAGGUCAUUAUCGACUGGAAAUACUACAAGCCGCAACACCGUGAUGUGACCCAAUGCACAAGUUGCCUCUCCUUCGGCCAUGGCACGAAGAACUGUCAUAUGAAACCACGCUGCGACAAAUGA